AUGCGGAGGAGGGGUGAGCGAAAGGACAAGAGGAGUGAAAGGGAAGCCGGGGCAGUGCUGGGUGGAGAUGUCGAAAUCGCCAAUCGUAAGUCGCAUGGUAGACGCCGAGUGUCGUCAGCCCUGAGGAGGUAUGAACAUCAGUUUGCCACGUGGCCCUCCUGCCGGACCCAGUCAAUAGCUGGAGAGCGCAGCUCAACGCCAAAGGAGGUUUUCUGCGAUCUAGUACAGAGCAGGGCAGAGACAGGGAUGUCGAGACAAAGAGGAGCGAUUCUGAAAUCUCUCCGCUCUGUGUUUACAACUUUGAAGUUGGUUGGCGAGAGAGUGGCCGAGAAGAUGUGUAACCCCGGCGCUGAUUUGCAAUCGACUUGCCAUCCCGAAUCAUCGCCUGACUCAGAUCGUAAAAUAUCCCCUGGCUUGAAGCUCGAACUCAUGAGUGGUGAAAGAGAGCUGGUUCAGAAAGCCGCAGGCAAGAUACGGCUAAAAAGAAGGGUCAUAGAUGGUCGAAAGCCUCUCCCAGAUGCGACUGCGCAUCCCGAAACUAGUGCCAUGACGAGCUCUCGGCCACUAGUCCUAGAGGCUUUAAAUCAACUUCAUGCCGUUUCUCUCAAUCUUACAACCACCUUACAACCGUCUCUUUGUCCAUGCUCUUCUUCGAAUCAACUUCCCCAAGCGACCCUCCGCAUCAAUGAAAGAACGAUCACGCCUCUGCGCCGUAUACAGACGUCUUCAGAACCCCUGACUCGUCAAUGGACCAUCACCAAUGGCAGGGCAGUAAGAUGGAUGGAAAAGAUGUAUGAUGGGCAAGCGACUUGGAAAAACGAUGGUCCACUCCUUGAAGCUGGAGGCCAUAAGCGUAUACAGCAUCUCUUGGACCAAAUUCCAUUGUAUACGAAUGCUAAUCGAGGUGUCGCACAGCUUCAAAUAUCGUCAACGGUGUUCGGCAGAGCGAUGAAAGCAACAUAUUUAGCUCUCUCCAUGGAUACAUUUGCAGCUAGCGAAAGGCGAAAGGCUAGCCAUUUCACAGCACUCCUGAGUCUGCAAUCUCAAUUGCGGCUCUGCGGACCCAACAACGGGGCUAUCUCAUAUUACGAGCUGACUCUGUCUCUUUUCUUGGCCCGAUCCUGGAGGACACCUGGCUGCCCCCGCCUCACUCUUCUGCCCCUCCGCAUUCGAAUCCUUUGCCUUUCACAAGAAUCCUCGCAAACCUCCUGCAUGAAGACGCUAGCCGAAAUCGUCCACUUCAGUGUUCAAUUCACCCGUAUCGCCAAUUCUCAAUGGAUUUCUGCAGUCGCUCAAGCCUUGGAUUGCGAUGGCUUUCGAAGCGUUUCAUAUACAUAUGGAGCCUUUGAACUCGGGAUACGCUGCCACCUUCCCUUGCCCUCCGCAGAGAAAUUUUCUUGGAGACUCAUGACUGCUGCACAACUAAUUAGACAGCGAAUGCGCUUCUCAGGCUUUACGUCACAAGGCAUUGAAGCUCUAUAUAGUUUAACUCCAAGUAGGAAACAUAUAAUCAUUAUCGUCGUUAUGAAAAGAAAUCCCAGGAAAGUCCGAACUUCAGGCCUAGUUGGGUGGAAGUUGUACACCUGCUAUAUACUCUUUUGUCCUGUGGGUCUUAAUGAAAAUCUCAGAACAUUCGUUAUGCUCAAACACCACAAAUUCCGGCCCGCUGCCCCAUCCUAUUGGUUUGGAACAGUGGUCUCUGGGCACAUGGAAAAGAAUGAAAUAACAGGAUGA